AAUAUUGGUUUUACAUUGAUCACGCGUCAGCCUUGUUUGAACAAGUGGUUUCAUUGUUCGAGAAUCGGUAUAUAAUGUUCGGUGACAAAGAAACAGUUGCAUUGAAUUUAUCAGCGACAUUGGCCGUUUUUCUUCAGCACAAAUAUAUUAAGUGUAAAUCCAUUGGAAAAUGGGGCCUAAAAUUUUAUUUACGAUAUUUCUGUUACCACUAUUGGCAUCAACCAAUGGAAAGAUAUUGACCGAUUGUGAUUUGGUGCGUGAAUUGCAGCGUGCUAAAAUAUCGAACACUUUGAUAUCGAAUUGGGUUUGUUUGGCGAAAAGUGAAAGUGGCUUGGAUACUGCGUUAGUUACAGGUCCUAAGACAGCCAGUAGUUAUAGUUAUGGUAUAUUUCAGAUUAACUCCGCAAAAUGGUGCACUCGGGGACGCAUCGGUGGAAUAUGUAACAAGCGAUGUGAAGACUUCCUUAACGACAAUAUUCAAGAUGACAUAGCAUGUGCAAAGAAAAUAUUUGACCGAGAAGGAUUUAAGGCUUUCGAUGGAUGGAACAAGAAAUGCAAAAAUAAAUCUUUACCAAGCAUCAAAAAUUGCCGCUGAAAGAAUUCACUGGAAAUUUUCACGCCGUCAAUAAAUAAUACUUAAAAUCAA